GGUGCCGAUGCUUAGCGGUUCUUCGGCUCGCUGCAACUUUAGCGUCGUUUCGCGAUGUCGAGAGGUACCACAGACCGGGUGAUUUUCGGGACGGUGGUUAUGAUUUUGUGGAUGGUGUCGGCCGUAGAGGCAGACUGUAAGUACGAAGAGGAAAUACAUGGAGAAGGUACCGAGGUACCCACAGCGGAACCUUGCUUGAACUGCACCUGCAGUAGGGGAGUACUCCUCUGCUACCUCAGAGUAUGCACGAAGCUACCAAACCCACCGCCUGCUGGAUGUAUCCUCCUCCACAGGUACCACACAUGUUGCCCAGAAUUGAUCUGCUCAGACAUAUCCGGCGGGAACAGUCUGGAAGGUAGAUCAGACCCAGAAGACGAGCUAGACAUUCCAGUUGAUAGGACAGUGCUGGAUAACGCUUGCGUUUCGAAUGGUAGCAUCUACGGUCCAGGUUCAGCAAUGGAUUCCUCCUCUAACUGCGAGUACUGCUAUUGCCUCGGAGGUAAAGAGAUCUGCAUUAAACCGAAAUGUCUCAACCCCAUCGAUGGCUGCACCCCGAAUUUUGAUCCUUCCUAUUGCUGCCCUAUACACUACAACUGCAGCAAUUCGAGCAUUCUACCACCUACUACCAUGAGUACUACCACCGAAGUAUCGCAGCAAGAAAAAGGUGGAUGCUUGGUUGAUGGAAUUUAUCAAAAAGAAGGGGGUAAAGUCCUUGGAGUUGGUCACUCAGCGUGUGACAACUGCUACUGCUUGAAAGGCCUAGUGAGGUGUGAACCUCUGUCUUGUGCACCACCGUUGCUGGGCUGCUCACCAGUUAUAAAACCAGGGGAAUGCUGCGCAGCAAGCUACAACUGCAGUGGUACCAUCGAGAUUCAAGCGGAACCUUUCUACGGCCACCAACCGGUGAUAAGCAAAGUGUACUCCAAAUUGCAUAAGCAGGCUCACCUGAAGCUGCCUGCGUAUGCUGAAGCUAUCGUUACAGUAUCUCCUCAGUACGUUUCAUCGGAGACUGCCCACUCUAGGCAGAGGAGUCCAGGUACCUUCGGUACCACGAGGCAGUUCAGUGGUAUCAACUUCGAUUCAGGCACCACUAAGCCCUAUUACCAGGACGAUGAGAAACAUAGCAGGACAUCUACUAUGGUUCCUCUGGUGACGAAAAACAUUCAAUCUGCCACUACAAAUUACCAAUUCCAAAACGCUGUUUACAGGAGAAUUCAAUCUACGACGAAGAAGCCCAAGCUUCCAGUUGGUAAUCUGUCACUGAGAGCCAAUUACAAAGUCGGAUAUGAAGCUACACACUCUGGAGAAUCUAUGCCUGAUAAUCUCUUCAGCCUGUUCGAGUCAUUCUUGAAUGAUAAGGCCCAGGAUAAUGCUACAACGACUAUGUUAGCAACAACUUUAACUGAUAAUACGAGUGAAGCAGUAACUAUGGUUAGUAUUCCUGAAGAUAUCUCAACUAUAGUUCCAACAAGUGUUUCACAAGAAUCAACCGAAACAAAUAACCCUACUACGACUGAACAAAUUUUAUCAACCAUCAAAGAUAUAUCUCCCAAUGUGAUCACAGUACGAACAGUAUUGAAAUCCACUGAUUGUAGCCAAAACAAGCAAGUAGACUCUUUCAUAAAGGAUAACUCAACAGAUUUCACUACUCCAAUAGCAGUGGACGCGUAUGACGUGAACGACUUGAUAGAAAUAACUGGCUAUAAUGAUAUAACAAGCACAGAGGUGAACUCUUCUGAAACCACUACCGAAGAUGAUGAUGCUGAAACCUUGAUAGCUAGUGCUACGCUAAGGAAUAUACCCGAGUUGAAUUCUCAAAUAGCUGCCAUCUUGAAUACAAGCAAGCAGAAGAGUAGUAGUGACGAGGAGGAUAUUGACUAUGGGGAAUCUUCGUUGCCUCCAUCUUUACCAAACCUGAGGAUCAUUUAUUUCUAUCCGGAAGAUGCUGUAGAUUCGAAGAAAGGCACCACUAAGGAAAAUGCUGGGUUUGCUCAAGAUAGAAGGCAAGAUGGCAACACCAAUUUCAUUUACAAUAACCAUUUUUCUCCUCCGGAAAAAACUGAAGGUGGGUUCAUUCCUAGAGAACCUCCAAUUUUGGAAAAUUACUACGAAAAUGCUGUUACACCUAUUUCAAUAGAUCAGGAAGCCAAACCUAAUGCAAACUGUGUCAGUUAUGAUGGGAACCUAAUUUUACAUGGCCAGUCAGUGCAAUCAGAUUCACCCUGUGUAACUUGCACUUGUUUCUAUGGAAAUAUAGCAUGCCAGAAACCGAGUUGUCCAAUUCCAAGAUCAGGAUGCAGACAAUCUACCGUCCAAGAUCUAACUUUGUGUUGUCCCAGAUAUAUUUGUGAUGAUGAAGCUCCCACUGUAGUGCUGGAUCACAUUGAAAGAAUUCAACACACACAAGAAGCAGUCACUGUAGCUGAAAAAUUGGCAACCCCCGACCCUUUCAGGGAUGUAAUUCGAACAGAACCAGCUCCGAAUUUACAAUCUCUGAUCAUAGAUAUGGCGCCACACAUUUACCGAAAAACCACACAACAAUACCCGACCACGAUUCACUCAAAUAACCCUGACAACACUACCCCACAAGUUGCAGAUGAGGCACUGUCUUUCGACAAGGUUUUUCAGUUUAUAUUUCCCGAGGAAAAUCGGGAAAACGCUAUCCCAACAACCACGAAUUUUCAAACCAUGAAUGCCGGUAAAACAGAUGACCGAACGAUGAUAACCAGUCCACAGCCACCUAUCGAGAGCUCCACGAAUUACGAGGAGCACAGCAGAUUUAGCGAGGACGCGAACCAUUCGAACGGCGUGGAUUCUAGCACAGGGCCGUCUCUGCCCAUCAACCUGGCGGGCUGCAAUAUUUACGGCAGGAUGUAUAGGGUGGGGAAAUUGAUAUCGGAAUUGUCGGGACCGUGUUUGGAGUGCAAGUGUACAGACGUUGGAGUGCAGUGCAAAGCGCUGAAGUGUUGACGAUGUGAGAUUGUCGCCUGUCGGGUACACACAGAUCUCAGUAGUACUUUUUGUUUUAAGCCAAAUUCAACUGUUAGUUUCACUCACAGAUCUCACUGUUACGAAGAGAGUAGUACUCGAAGAGAGUUUUGAAAUCAAAUCGAUAAAAAUGAAUGAAUCGUAGGUGGGCAGCUUUUUUGAAUCUUAUGAACAACAUGUAACAAAAAAAUUAUGUCUGUAGGUGAAUC